ACAAUCUUGGGAACUGACAUCCACCUGGACCGACCGGUGAUGGUAACAGCCGCGACACCCUUUCUUCUACGAAAUCAUUCGUCGCGAUGACUGUAACCUCUCGCCAUAUUCCUAUCACUCGACCUCCUGACGUCUGACCCAAGUGUCGAAGCUCGAGCUGUAUAUGAGAUCCAACAAAGGUACAUCAUCUCGACUGCAAUCUCUGCACUGGACUCGAAAUAAACCUCCCGCCAGUCAAUACAACGAUCUUUGAUUCGAUUCCAUACGUUUACGAAGCAGUUGCGCCAUGGCCGCUGAUGAUGCGCUCAGUGGGAAGCCCCAAAGCUUUGAAGGGGAGCAUGAGUACACAGUCACUACACAGACGGCGGUAUCGUGUAAAAAGGCUCUGAUGAUGAAAAUUCAUUCUAGCACAGGUACACUUAAGUGGUAUGGGACCGAUACGGUGGGCAAAUCUGUCGUCAUGGGUGACAAAGUUUGGGUUUUCACGCCAGUAGAUAUCUGCUUUACUUCGUCUCUUCAACCACCGUCGUGAUAAACUUCAAAUACCGAACAAUCUUCAAUCCCAGAGGAUGCGCAACCCUGAUCAUCAAGGUCAUGUCGUGAUUUGGAUCGACCGGAACAACAGCAGUGAUGCAGUCAGUGCGCCAAUCACCCUGGUGAAGUGAUUCCUGUUCUUCUUGACGCAAGUUUCGCUCCAUUUGCCGUUCCCAACGCCAUUGACGAGAAGCCAGCAUGGCUGGGUAUAUUGCAGCUAUGGCUUCCUCUGUGCGGAGAACCAGGGCUUCUUUCAGGAUGAAGACAUUUCCGGGAUCGACGUUCGGCGGCUCACUCAGGAGGUCUUUGUUUGCUUGCAAUAAGUCCUCCGCGACGAGGAUUUGAGGCAGGGGGUUGAGAAAGAGAGGCUCGAUCUGUUUGAUUUGCUGUAGCUCAACGGGUUCCAGGCGACGGGCCUUUCUGGUGUUGCUGGUCCGAAGCGAGAGAUACUCGUGGUGUUUUGGGUCGCUCUCAACUGCGCGGCGCAAAUCUUGGCUGCGUUGAUCGCCUCUCGCUCCACAAGCGUUAACUAUGAUCUUGACGAGGUAUUGCCUCAUAUCAGGUGUCAUCGUACAAUUGACAUGGUCUAGCAAUGUAGGCAGGACUUCCCCUAAGCCAUAUCGCUGAAGACGGUCGCGAAAAGACCGCGUUAUACUGUAGAGCCCGACAAUGAGAAUAUCGAUGAAUUUCGUUGAGCGAACCCCAAGGAGUGGCCGAAGGACAUCAUUGUCAUCCUCCGCAGAACCUAGCAAUGUAGCCAAGUUCGAUUUGAACAAUUCAAUCUUUGACGUGCCCCGGUGAACGUCAGUGGCGCUGAUGGUUCGAAGCGACCCAGCAUCGUUGAGAAUGCCUUUCCGGACCAAAAAGAGCGCGUUCGCAGCGUCAAGCUUGAUGCGGGCAGACUCUAUCGUGUCUUUCAAACAAAAAAGCCCGAAGUCGGAAUGUUUCCAUUGGAGAGGUCCCAUCGAGAUACGGUCAGCAAAGCAAAGUCUUGUGGAAAAGAUAUUGGAAGUCGCUGGCUUGUUCAUGGGCGUGUUGAUGGGCGUGAUCACGGGCGUAAGCAUAGAGAAAGUCAUGGAAAAAGCUACAUGAUGAGUCGUGAAAAACUAAUCGUC